CAUCAGCACAGUAGCCAGUUGAUGGAGGGGAGGGCUGAAUCCAUGUUCGGGAUUAAAGCACGCCUCACUCACUGAGCGUGUGUGCGCACUGAGCUGCAGCAGCAACAGUUCCUCCAAAACUAAAUGUGCUCCACAAAAAGUUUAAUGGCUAAAUAUAAGCCGUGGCUGCUAUGUUGCUUUAUCUUGGCUGUCGUAAUUUGCGCUGUGGCUCUCGUCUGUCUGUUCAUCGCCUUACUUGCUGCCACAGGAUGUCCCAGAGGCAGCUUCAAACAUGCGGCUGUGUCUGCAGACUCGCAGCUUUGUUCCGAGGUCGGCAGGAACAUGCUCGAGCAGGGGGGCUCAGCAGUAGAUGGCGCCAUUGCAGCUCUUUUGUGCACAUCUGUGGUCAAUCCCCAGAGCAUGGGGAUUGGUGGAGGAUCUAUAGUCAUGAUAAGGAAUAAAACUGGAAAUGUUAAAGUCUACAACUUCAGAGAGACUGUUCCACAGAAUUUCAAAGUUAACCUUUUAAAUGACUGUCCCCCAGGACCCCUCAGCUUCAGCACAGGAGUCCAGUGGAUUGGCGUUCCAGGUGAGCUGCGGGGCUAUGAGGCAGUUCACAGACAGUAUGGGAAGCUGCCCUGGGCCAAGCUGUUUGAGCCAACAAUCAGAAUGGCCAGGGAGGGCAUCGAUAUGCCACCAUUUCUGGCAAACCUCCUGAAAUUUGUUAUUGUGAAAAGGCAUAUUGAAGCCUCCUCUCUCUGUGAAGUUUUCUGCAACAAGAACAAAACCGUCUUGAGUGAAAGAGAUGUCCUUAAGUUCCCUAAACUCGCAGAAACCUUGGAAACAAUUGCAGAGCAAGGGGCAGAUGCCUUCUACUCCGGCAAGAUAGGACAAGCAUUAAUCAGUGACAUUAAAGACGCAGGCGGGACAUUAGAAAUGGAAGAUCUGAAGUCCUUCCGGGUUCGGGUGGAGGAUGCGUGGUCAGUUGAUCUGGACGAUACUCUGAUGCACAUCCCUCCACCACCUGCUGGGGGCCCCCUGCUCGCCUUCAUUCUCAAACUGAUAAAAGGGUUCUCGUUUACUCCCAGCUCCCUGGAUGGUUCCCAGAAGGUUCAGAUGUACCAUCAUUAUAUAGAGGCAGCCAAAUUUGCUAAUGGACAAAGGAGGAGCAUUUGUGAUCCUAACUUUAAUCACGACAAGAGUGCAGAGCAUUUGAUUGAUCCUUCCUUCAUUAGUCGCAUCAGGAAGAAGAUUUUUUCAAACAGCACCCAUGAUGCCUCCUACUACAAUGUUAAGCCCUCUACUGAUCGCUUUGGGACGACACAUGUGUCUGUCCUGGAUGAAGAUGGACUUGCUGUCUCUGCCACCAGCACAAUAAACGAAGUAUUUGGAGGAGCCAUUUACUCUCCACAAACAGGCAUCAUCCUCAACAAUGAGCUGUCUGAUUUCUGUGGGAGAACAGAUGCAGUGAAAGCAGGUGAACAACCUCCUUCCUCAAUGGCUCCAGUAAUACUUGAGUCAAAGUCUGGAAGGCUCCUUGUGAUUGGUGGAUCGGGAGGAAGCAUGAUUACCUCAGCAGUGGCCUUGUCAAUUAUGAAUCGCCUGUGGCUGAGGAUGACUCUUAAAGAAUCCAUUGCUGCACCUAUAGUGUUUGUUGAUUCCAAGAACAAUGUGUAUUUUGAGCCAAAUUUUGACAAGUCUGUGAUAGAUGGCCUCAAAGAUCUUGGACACAAAGUUAAGAACACGGACUAUUUCUUCAAUGUCGUCAAUGCCGUGGAAAAGGAGAAUGGAUGCGUUGUGGCCGUUUCAGAUGGCAGAAAGAAGGGACAAUCCGCUGGAUACUAACCACACAGACCAUGUGGAAGCACCACCAUCCCACUCUGAUCUGCUCUAAGACUUAGUGACUGAACAUUUAGCCUUAAGAACACUGAAUGUGUUGAAACUGUGACAACAAAAUGUGAGCACACCCUUUCCUGAUAGAACUGAUGAGCAACAGUCAGUCCAAACACUUCUAAGUUUAAAGGAUAAUCUUAUCUAAAGUCUUCAUCACCAAAUGGUGUUUGCUCACUUAUCAUGAUAUCUUCUCAUGAUCUCCUUUAGUUGAUGAUAUUGUUAAAAUUUCUUAGCAUUUGUCCCCAUAGUUGUCCAAACAUAUGAACUGUUUAAAAACUGCUUUAUGUCUUACUACUCAGAUUUCUUCCCCAACUGUCUUCUUUCCACUAACAGAGCUGUUGCUGAUAAAGACCUAAGUUAUAAUAAGCCAGCCUUGUCCUCUCCAUAUAUGCAUUUUCAACCCAGCCAGUCUUCAUACAUGCACACCAUAUAAUCUAAACGAGGUAGACUAAUGCACAGAAAGUGAGGCUGCUUCUCUUACUGCUUCGAUGUGCUUUCAUGAGGAUUACACAUUCCUGACCAAAGUGUAAUUGUUUUCAGCAUGAGCCAUAAAAACAAACCUACUGUGGUGUAACAAAAGAAAACCCACUGUGUGUCAUGCUAAGCCUAUUGAUGAAUGUAAUGAUGAACAUGAAUGUAAUGUAAUGAUAUUUUCAUUUCACAUUUUCUGACUAAGCUAUGUAAUGACGUAAUGAUGUAAGAACUAAGUAACCCUUUCAAAGUGACGCAAUGGCAUUUGAGUUGAAGGUUGUUGUUGGAUGCCAGCUGUAAAAACAGGAUGCUUUAACUGUGAUCUUUUUACUGUAUGUGAAAUAGCCUUAUUCAGGUCCCUGAACAUAGUGUGAACUUUGUUUAACUGAGGAAAUGCUGUUCAAAAAUUAUAAUAAUAGAGACCAGUGAAUUCACAUGAAAUGAAAUUAUCUCAGAAACAGAAAUCUAUUUUCACACCACCAACAUGUAAUUUUGUAUUAUUUCUGUACUUUGACCUGUCAAAAUGUUUUCUAUUUUUUAUUUUUACAACUGUGAGUAUUUGUACUGUCACAAUAAAACAUAGUCUAAGUAGUCUAAA